GAGGGCGGGGCUUCGGUUGGACAGCCGGAGUGACUGGCGGGAGGGGCAGCGGCUCCUCCCCGUGCGGCGCGGCGCGCGGCCUCCGUGUGCCUAGGCAGGAGUCGGGCGGUGACGCCUCAUUCGCUCGGAGCCGAGCCGGGACGGGACACGGUCGUCGGCGGCGGCGGCAGCAUGAACAGCAUCAAGAAUGUGCCGGCGCGGGUGCUGAGCCGCAGGCCGGGCCACAGCCUAGAGGCCGAGCGCGAGCAGUUCGACAAGACGCAGGCCAUCAGCAUCAGCAAAGCCAUCAACAGCCAGGAGGCCCCAGUGAAGGAGAAGCAUGCCCGGCGUAUCAUCCUGGGCACUCACCAUGAGAAAGGAGCUUUUACCUUUUGGUCCUAUGCCAUUGGCUUGCCGCUGUCCAGCAGCUCCAUCCUCAGUUGGAAGUUCUGUCACGUCCUUCACAAGGUCCUCCGAGACGGACACCCCAAUGUGCUGCAUGACUACCAGCGGUACCGGAGCAACAUCCGUGAGAUUGGCGACUUGUGGGGCCACCUCCGUGACCAGUAUGGACACCUGGUGAAUAUCUAUACCAAACUGUUGCUGACUAAAAUCUCCUUCCACCUUAAGCACCCCCAGUUUCCUGCAGGCCUGGAGGUAACAGAUGAAGUGUUGGAGAAGGCGGCGGGAACUGAUGUUAAUAACAUAUUUCAGCUCACCGUGGAGAUGUUUGACUACAUGGACUGUGAACUGAAGCUUUCUGAGUCAGUUUUCCGGCAGCUCAACACAGCCAUCGCAGUGUCCCAGAUGUCUUCUGGCCAGUGUCGCCUAGCGCCGCUCAUCCAGGUCAUCCAGGACUGCAGCCACCUGUACCACUACACGGUGAAGCUUAUGUUCAAGCUGCACUCCUGUCUCCCAGCAGACACCCUGCAAGGCCACAGGGACCGGUUCCAUGAGCAGUUUCACAGCCUCAGAAACUUCUUCCGCCGAGCCUCGGACAUGCUCUACUUCAAGAGGCUCAUCCAGAUCCCCAGGCUGCCUGAGGGACCCCCCAAUUUCCUUCGGGCCUCAGCCCUGGCAGAGCACAUCAAGCCUGUGGUGGUGAUUCCAGAGGAGGCCCCGGAAGAGGAGGAGCCUGAGAACCUAAUUGAGAUCAGCAGUGGGCCCCCUGCUGGGGAGCCAGUGGUGGUGGCUGACCUCUUUGAUCAGACCUUUGGCCCCCCCAAUGGCUCCAUGAAGGAUGACAGGGACCUCCAGAUCGAGAACUUGAAGAGAGAGGUGGAGACCCUCCGUGCUGAGCUGGAGAAGAUUAAGAUGGAGGCCCAGCGGUACAUCUCCCAGCUCAAGGGCCAGGUGAACAGCCUGGAGGCGGAGCUGGAGGAACAGCGGAAGCAGAAGCAGAAGGCCCUGGUGGACAAUGAGCAGCUGCGCCAUGAGUUGGCUCAGCUAAAGGCCGUGCAGCUAGAAGGCGCUCGCAACCAGGGCCUGCGAGAGGAGGCAGAGAGGAAGGCCAGUGCCACCGAGGCACGCUACAGCAAGCUGAAGGAGAAGCACAAUGAACUCAUUAACACGCAUGCUGAGCUGCUCAGGAAGAACGCAGACACAGCCAAGCAGCUGACAGUGACACAGCAGAGCCAGGAGGAGGUGGCACGGGUAAAGGAGCAGCUGGCCUUCCAGAUGGAGCAAGUGAAGCGUGAGUCUGAGAUGAAGAUGGAAGAGCAGAGUGACCAGUUGGAAAAGCUCAAGAGGGAGCUGGCGGCCAAGGCAGGAGAGCUAGCCCAUGCACAGGAGGCCCUGAGCCGCACAGAACAGAAUGGAUCAGAGCUGAGCUCACGGCUAGAUACACUGAACGCAGAGAAGGAAGCCCUGAGUGGAGCCAUUCGGCAGCGUGAAGCAGAGCUGCUGGCUGCUCAGAGCCUGGUGCGGGAGAAGGAAGAGGCACUUAGCCAAGAGCAGCAGCGUAGCUCCCAGGAGAAGGGUGACCUACGGGGGCAGCUGGCAGAAAAGGAGUCUCAGGAGCAGGGGCUUCGGCAGAGGCUGCUGGAUGAGCAGUUUGCGGUAUUACGAAGCGCAGCCGCAGAGGCAGAAGCCAUUCUUCAGGAUGCAGUGAGCAAGCUGGAUGACCCUCUGCACCUCCGCUGCACCAGCUCCCCAGACUACUUAGUGAGCCGGGCUCAGGCAGCCCUGGACACCGUGAGUGGACUGGAGAAGGGCCACACCCAGUACCUGGCUUCCUCCGAGGAUGCUUCUGCCCUGGUGGCAGCGCUGACCCGCUUCUCCCAUCUGGCCGCGGACACCAUUGUCAAUGGUGGUGCCACGUCCCACCUGGCCCCCACCGACCCUGCAGACCGCCUGAUCGACACCUGCAGGGAAUGUGGAGCCCGGGCUCUGGAGCUCAUGGGACAGCUGCAGGACCAGACAAUGCUACCAAAGGCCCAGCCCAGCCUGAUGCGGGCCCCCCUGCAGGGCAUUCUUCAGUUGGGCCAGGACCUGAAGCCUAAGAGCCUGGAUGUACGGCAAGAGGAGCUAGGGGCCAUGGUGGACAAGGAGAUGGCGGCCACCUCUGCAGCCAUUGAGGACGCUGUGCGGAGGAUCGAGGACAUGAUGAACCAGGCCCGCCACGAGAGCUCAGGAGUGAAACUGGAGGUGAACGAGAGGAUCCUCAACUCCUGCACGGACCUGAUGAAGGCCAUCCGGCUCCUGGUGAUGACUUCCACCAGCCUGCAGAAGGAAAUCGUGGAGAGUGGCCGGGGGGCAGCAACGCAGCAGGAAUUUUAUGCCAAGAAUUCACGGUGGACUGAAGGCCUCAUCUCAGCCUCUAAGGCAGUGGGCUGGGGAGCCACACAGCUGGUGGAGUCAGCUGACAAGGUUGUGCUUCACAUGGGCAAGUACGAGGAGCUCAUCGUCUGCUCGCAUGAGAUUGCAGCCAGCACUGCCCAGCUGGUGGCAGCCUCGAAGGUAAAAGCCAACAAGAACAGUCCCCACUUGAGCCGCCUGCAGGAGUGUUCCCGCACCGUCAACGAGAGGGCUGCCAAUGUAGUGGCCUCCACCAAAUCUGGCCAGGAGCAGAUCGAGGACAGAGACACCAUGGAUUUCUCUGGCCUGUCCCUCAUCAAGCUGAAGAAGCAGGAGAUGGAGACACAGGUGCGAGUCUUAGAGCUGGAGAAGACACUAGAGGCAGAGCGUGUACGGCUCGGAGAGCUUCGGAAACAGCACUAUGUACUGGCUGGGGGGAUGGGGACACCUGGCGAGGAAGAACCCAGCAGACCCAGCCCAGCUCCCCGAAGUGGGGCCACUAAGAAGCCACCCCUGGCCCAGAAACCCAGCAUAGCCCCCAGGACAGACAACCAGCUCGACAAAAAGGACGGUGUCUACCCAGCUCAACUUGUGAACUACUAGGCCUUAAGGUGUUCAGCAGGAUGGCUGGUGGUCAUGCCUGGGCUUCCUGGUGGCUGUCUGGCAGUGGUCAAGGGGCCUCUGAGAGGCCUCCACCUCCUGCACCUGGAGCCCAAAGCAGUAUCCCUAAGGCCCCAGCCUUUACCUGCCCAAGGGGCCUAGUCUCUGUGGGACAGUUCAUCUGGAUGUGAGUCUAUUUAUCUUUAGUAGGAACUGCCCAGAGCAGCUGGGACCCAGCAGGCCUGAGCCACAAGUCUGCAGCGAACAUCUGGGAUCAUCUGAAUGUUGGGAGUUGUUUCUUUCUUCGUAAGUUUAGUCAGCACACUGGGAAAAGGCCACAUAAGCCAGGAGCCUUCUUGCCUCUGGACUCAAAAGUCUGAGGCCGUUAAGUGAACAAUAGAAAGGGUUCCUGCUGGCUAUCAGGGAUAAGGGACCUGUGACCCUUGAGCCAGGGAGAGCAGGUAGGCUGGACCGAGUCAUCAUCUGGGGCCUGGUGCUAGGGCAUCCAUGCUGGGAGCCCCAGGAGACCAGGCUUUGUGUGGGAGCCUGGCAACAGAGUGGCUGGGGUUGCUGCUGGGCCAUGGCUGUGCGCAGCCCCUGCUCAGGUGCAGUCUCAGCCCUUGACCUCGAAGCUACCCUCGCCUUGCAGUUUUCCAUGCUCCUGGCUACUAGUAUGGCUGUUCAUUGCCCACCUUAAUGGGUAGAUUUCAGCCCUCCUAAAACUGGGGCCUUACAGCCAGUCAAAAGGUUAAAAAAAAAAAAAAAGCAGCCACCAUGGCCUAUGUUUCUGGAGGCUCCUGAGUUCCUGCUGGAGCAGCCCAGAGGUAGAGCCUGGCCUUGCCUGCCCCUGACAGUUUGAAUAAAUUUGUGUUUCUUGAACCUGAGGGGGAGUGGCUGGGAGUGGGGGAUAUCCAGGCCACCAAUAAAGCCAGCAGCUAGACUGGGACAAGUGCCCAGCUUCCCUCCAGCUGCCUGCCCUGCACCCUGGGAAGGCUACCAACCAUGGGCUAAGGUCCGGGGCUUUGGAAGGGAGCCAACUCCUUUGCCCUGUGUCUAGUAUUCCCUGUGUUGAGUUCCAUUGGCAAUAAAACCCUGACUGUUGUUACCAGUGCCCUA